CAAGAGCUCAAGACGCGGCAGCAGGACAUCACUACAGUUUUGUCCAGGCUGGCGGGGUCCAGAGCGCUGCAGCAGAUGGAGUCCAGACUGAACACAGUCAGCGCUGAUAUCAGAGACAUCACCACAGCUGAACAGAGAGUCAUCAAAGCUCAGGCUCUUUGUGCUGAGAUAGAGCAGGAGGCGUCGAAGGCAGCAGAGCAGCAGGGCUGGACUGAGCUCUCCACGGCCGCCCAGGAUCAGCUCAGCAUGCUGCAGUGCAUUCUGGGUAGCAUGAAGGACACAAAGGUGAAGCAUGAGGAGGUGGAGCGCUGGCUGAAUGCUGCUGAUGAGCUGCUGUCUCGAGACGCCAGCAGCUUCAGCCAAGCUGACAAACUCCAGGAAGAAGUCAACCAGUGCAAGGAGCUGGUGAGUGAGAUGGAGAGUGUGGACUUGUCUCUGAAGCAGAUGAGGGAGAAUGUGACGGCCGUGCAGCAGAGCUCCAUACCGGGUCUGAUCAGCUGGGGGCAGACGGAGCUGGACGACAGUCAGAGACGCUGGGACACACUCAGUAAAGAGGUUCGAAAGAUAACUUCUAGUGGUGCUGAACACUGAAUGUCUUUAAUGGCCUUUAACAUCAAGUAGCUGCAC